AUGGAACAAAGCUUUCGACUUUUCACGAUUUUUCUGAUUUUGGGCUUAACCAACUUGGGCUCAGCUUGUGCUAAUAUCGGUGGUUUUGGGGAACAGCCACUCUCCAAGAUUGCCAUUGAGAAAGCCACUCUCAACCUCCAUGACUCGGCCUCCGUUAAAGCCUUUCCUCCUGUUAUCGGCUUACAGGGUGAGGAUACCCAAUGGGUAACUGUGGCUCUUGAGUACCCUAAUCCUGCUGCAGAUGAUUGGGUUGGAGUUUUUUCUCCUGCAAAAUUCAACUCAGCAACGUGCCCACCAGUAGAUGAUCCCGAAGAACAAAAACCCUAUAUAUGCUCUGCCCCUAUAAAGUACAAGUAUGCAAAAGACUCCAAUCCAGAUUAUACAAAGAUUGGCAAAGCUUCUUUGAAGUUUCUGCUUAUAAAUCAGCGUGCAGAUUUCUCAUUCGCAUUAUUUUCAGGCGGGUUGUCAAAUCCAAAGCUGGUGGCAGUUUCAAACUUUAUAUCAUUUGCCAAUCCUAAAGCACCUGUAUAUCCACGUCUUGCUCAAGGGAAGUCUUGGAAUGAAAUGACAGUAACUUGGACGAGUGGCUACGACAUAAAUGAAGCUAUUCCAUUUGUUGAGUGGGGUAUAAAGGGGGAACUUCGAAUGCGAGCCCCAGCUGGAACAUUGACAUUUGAUCGUAGCAGCAUGUGUGGUUCACCUGCUAGGACUGUUGGGUGGCGCGAUCCUGGUUUCAUACAUACAAGUUUCCUGAAGAAUUUGUGGCCAAACGUUGUGUACAUCUACAGGAUGGGCCAUCGUUUAGUUGAUGGUUCGUUUAUUUGGAGCAAGUUCUUCUCAUUCAGAUCAUCUCCAUAUCCUGGACAGGACUCCUUACAGCGUGUCAUAAUAUUCGGUGACAUGGGGAAGGGCGAGCGUGAUGGUUCAAAUGAGUACAGUAAUUACCAGCCUGGUGCACUGAACACUACCGAUCAAAUCAUCAGGGAUUUGAACAACAUUGACAUUGUUUUUCAUAUAGGAGAUCUAUCAUAUGCAAAUGGGUACAUCUCACAGUGGGACCAAUUCACAUCACAGGUGGAACCCAUUGCAUCAACUGUGCCAUAUAUGGUUGGCAGUGGUAAUCAUGAACGUGAUUGGCCUGAUUCAGGGUCCUUUUAUGACCAAAACGAUUCAGGUGGAGAAUGCGGUGUGCUGGCUGAGACCAUGUUCUAUGUUCCAGCUGAGAACCGAGCAAAGUUUUGGUAUUCAACUGAUUAUGGGAUGUUCCGCUUCUGUGUAGCUGACACUGAACAUGACUGGAGGGAGGGAUCUGAGCAGUACAAGUUCAUCGAGAAUUGCCUUGCAUCUGUGGAUAGACAAAAGCAACCUUGGUUGAUCUUUUUAGCUCAUCGGGUGCUGGGCUAUUCCUCCAACUGGUGGUAUGGGCAGGAGGGCUCAUUUGAAGAGCCAAUGGGAAGGGAAAGCUUGCAGAAACUUUGGCAGAAGUACAAGGUAGACAUUGCAUUUUAUGGCCACGUCCACAACUAUGAAAGGUCGUGCCCCAUCUACCAGAACCAAUGCGUAACGUCAGAAAAAUCGCACUUUUCCGGCACAUUCAAAGGGACAAUCCAUGUUGUUGUUGGAGGGGCUGGGAGCCAUUUAUCUGACUUCAGCCAAGUGAAGCCUAAUUGGAGUAUAUACAGAGAUUAUGACUACGGAUUUGUGAAAUUGACCGCAUUCAAUCACACAUCUCUCCUCUUUGAGUACAAGAAAAGCAGCGACAGUAGUGUCCAUGAUUCCUUCACCAUAUCAAGGGACUACACAGAUGUAUUGGCUUGUGUACAUGACAGUUGCGAACCAACCACCGCUGCGUCCUAG